AAAAAAAACAAAAAAAAAGAACAAGAAAAAACGACUACUCUCUGCUACUAUUGCUUCCUCCUUCGUUCAAUUCAUGUUCUUGAUUGCCGGAAACCAUGAGUUUUCUGGUGAGUUUCUGGCGAUUCGCUCUCUUGUAUGAUCGGAGUAUCCACUUUUCCUUUCCGAAUUACCUCCCGCCAUGGUUGUCUUUGAAGUGUACUUGACUUUGCCAGAUCAGUGUUGUAACGAUGCUUUGCUGUGAAGUGGAGGAAGUAGUUUGUUGAUUACUCGAUAGAAUUCUCUCUCUUUUCUAUGUUCUAAGGUUUUGGCAUCUUCCAGUUCGUUCUGGUGAGGAUUCUGAAAAAGGAUUUUUCAUUUCAAGUUCUUUUUCGGCGAAGUAUUUCUAUCUUGUUGCUUCUUAAAAUAUUUUGUUUAAAGUUUCAUUUCCUGUUUCUUACAAUACCAAAUUUUUUCAUAGAAGUCCAUCGAUGCAGUUAAAUAAUUUUGUUCACAUGAAAAAGAGAUGGAUCUCUACCGAUUGCUGUCGCUUUUUUUCUUCUUCUAUUUUGCAGUUGCGUCAAGGAGCCAGGUCAUAAAAGCAACAAAGGCUUCAUAAUUUAGAAUUUUUUAUAUCCCAAACAAUGAAAGGUGGUUUUCAUUUUACUCGUUGCUCGUUGGAGAGGAUUUGAAGCAGCGGUAGCUGCUCAGAUCCGUCCAUGGAUCCCAACUCCUCUGGAGAAGACUUGGUUUUUAAGACCAGGAAGCCAUAUACUAUUACAAAGCAACGAGAGCGCUGGACGGAGGAGGAGCACGGUAGAUUUCUAGAGGCGCUGAAACUCUAUGGCCGAGCAUGGCCGAGAAUUGAAGAACAUAUUGGAACCAAAACAGCAGUUCAGAUACGGAGUCAUGCACAAAAGUUCUUUUCAAAGUUGGAAAAAGAAGCACUUGUUAAGGGGAUUCCUGUAGGACAAGCUCUUGAUAUAGACAUUCCACCACCUCGUCCUAAGAGGAAACCAAGUAAUCCUUAUCCAAGGAAGUCUCCUAUAUCAAUGUUGGGAGCAAAUGACGGGAAGCUCUCGACUCUGGUGUCUUCUUUACAGAGCAAACAAAUCUUAGAUUUGGAGAAAAAGCCAAUGAAUGAGGCUACUAGUGGAGAAGAACAAACAUUUAAUGAAAAGGAUACUCAUGACGAUAAUUGCUCAGAAGUAUUUACCCUAUCAGGAGAAGCUAACUCCUUUUCUUUGAAAAACCAACAUUCUGUACCGGUGCAAGUUAAAUUCAAUGACUCAUGUGCUUUCCGGGAGUUUGUGCCCUCAGUUAAAGAGCCACUCCAUGAAAAAGGCAUGGGAAAACUUUCAGAAUUGGUGAUUUCAAGUGCUUCACGCGAAAAAUUGGUGUCUGCUGAAAAGAAAGAAGCUUUAAGCUGUGCACUGUCUGGGGAUGAAAUGCAAGCUGCUCAUAAUUAUCCAAGGCAUGUGCCUGUGCAUGUGGUAGAUGGAAGCCUGGGAGCAAAUGGUCAGGGGUCUUUAAGAGAUGCUCCACUGCAGGAAUCCGCUUUCCAUCCAUCUAUGGAGAUUCAAGGAGAGCGUAGUAUACUUCGGAAUCCAUCUGGUUCUAUUUCCUUCGAACAUCAACAUAAUGCACCUGGGAGCAUUUAUCAAUCAUAUCCACCUAUUCAUCCUACUCCAUUUACCUUACUUCACCCUAACCAAGAACAUUACAAGUCAGUUCUCCAGAUGUCUUCCGCAUUUCUGAAUCUUAUUGUGUCCACCCUUCAACAAAACCCUGCAGCCCAUGCAAUAGCAAGUCUUACAGCAACCUGUUGGCCCUAUGUGAAUCCUGAAACUUCUGCAGACGCCUCAGCGUGUGAUACAGAAGGUUCUAAAACCAAGCAAAUGAACCCCACCCCCAGUAAGGAAGCCAUUGCUGUAGCAACUGUAGCAGCUGCAACUGCAUGGUGGGCGGCCCACGGAUUGCCACCUUUAUGUUCUCCUUUGCAUUCUGCCUUUACGAGUGCUGCUAUAUCAGCUCCUGUAGUACAAUCGUCAGAUGCCUGUCCAAAUUCUGAGUCCAAGGACAAAGCAGAAAGUUCCCUACAAAAUGCUGCUUUGCAAAAUCAGCAGCUGGAUGCAGAACAAUCAGAGGUUUUGACUGCUCAUCAGUCAGGUUCCAAGUCACCUACUCAUUCAUCAUCUGACUCUGGUAAUGGAGGUGCAGAUGCAAAUGCUACGGUGAAACCUGUCCACAAUGAGAAGACACCAGCUGAGGUUGAGUUUCAUGAUUCAAACGAGGAGAAGAGAGGAAAACAAGUAGAUCGUUCCUCAUGUGGUUCCAAUACACCAUCUGGAAGUGAUCGAGAGAUGUAUGCAACAGAAAAAAACGAUGAAAAAGAGAAGGGCAAAGAGCUUGAGACGAACCAUCCAGCUCCCGAGUCCAGUAUUCGUCGUAGUAGAAGCAUCAGUAACACUAGUGAGUCUUGGAAGGAGGUUUCUGAUGAGGUAAAAAGGGGGCGUCUGGCCUUUCAAGCACUCUUCACAAGGGAUGUAUUGCCUCAAAGUUUUUCACCUCCAUAUGAUGUAGAAAGUGAGAAUAAGGAGAAUGAGAACGUUGAGAAAGUUAGUCAGAGUGUAGAUAAAGAUAAUAGUGGCGCAUCAGUUUUGGACCUCAACAGCAACACUUGUGGUACUUCUACAUCAGCAAUAGGUGUCAAUAACGGAGAGGGGGAAUUUCCCUCAAUUGGACUUGGAAAUGGCACCCCCAAGGUUUGUCGAACAGGAUUUAAACCUUACAAAAGAUGUUCAGUGGAGGCGAAGGAAAAGAGAAUGACAGCAACAUCCAGCAACCACAACGAGGAGGGAGGCCAAAAAAGACUACGUCUGGACCAGAAAGCCUCAAAUUGCUGCAUGUAUUUCUAACCCUCCUCCUUCUCCUCCUCAAUCUAUCUUUUUCCUACUUCAAUUCUUCGCGUGUACUGUAAAAUGGCUACCUACCUUAUGUGAUUGGUACGUUCGAACUUAUACAACUGAACUCAUUAGCCUUUUUUUUUUUUUUUUUGUAAGAAGAAUUGUUUGGUACACCCCAGUCGCCAUUAUCUUGUUACCACUUCAAAGACACAUUAGUUUCUUCAUGAAGAUGGUAUAAAUUUGGCAUGUUCUCUUCUGUA